GCUCCAUCUGCAUCCAGCGUGCAUCGUCAACCCGUACCUGCGCCCGCACCUGCACUGCGACCAGCUCGGCUGCCAUCACCCAGGCGCGUCGCUAAGCCGAAGUGGUGUGUAAUCUUAGCAGACUCACCAUAUUCCAGGGCUUAUCCGAGCUGUCAAUCGCGACAAUUGUCCUGAUUUUCCAGCCAGUCAGCAGCACCCGAAACCGCGCUCCCUCGCCCGCGCUCUGUGGGCAGAGUCGGCCAGGAUGGUGUCCCAACGCCCCCCCGAGCAUGCAAUCGAUCGCACCCCCGAGUACGAGGAGUUUAUCAACAAGCUCAAAGAAUUCCACACCGAGAGAGGCACUAGGUUCGACCCGGAGCCCAAGAUCACCCCGUACCAACUCGACCUUCUGAAGAUAUUCAACCAUGUCGUCAACAGCGGCGGCUACGACAGGAUCACCGACGAGAAGCUGGCCUGGCGCAGGGUCUGCGCAGAGCUUGGGAUCCGGGCCAGUAACGAGGCUGCGGCCGCCUUCAGUCUCAAGACAGCAUACUACAAGAACCUCGCCGCCUACGAGAUCCGCACCGUCCACAACAAGACCCCCCCACCUCCCGAGAUCCUCGAAGAGACAUCAGCCAAGGGCGGUUCCCUCCUGACCCGGACACUCAGCAACUUCAAACCCAAGGACCGCCGUGAUACCUCCACCCAGAACUCCCCUGCGCCCUCUGGUGAUGAUGGGACACCCGCCCGCGAGAGCAGACCUGAGGAGCCUCCCAGCACUGGCCGUGCUGCCAGAGGUCUGCGCCAGGCCCCGCCUCAGAGGGUCAUCUUCCAGCCAGAGACUGGCCCGACACGCCCAUCACGUCACUCAUCGGCGCAGCAUCACGGUGCUUCCUCGACCCCACAAGGCUCCCAUACUUCCCAUGGCCAUGGCCACGCAAGCUCGCAGGGCAAUGGCCACAGCCAGAUGCAAGGCACCAACCGUAUGCCCUCACACCAGAUGGCACAUGCCCCCCUUGGCCAGGUUCCCCAGCCGCACAUCGUUCGUGGUGGUGCCUCCGCAAGUUUCACUCCCCAGAGCUACGAGUACCAAUCUGCAACCGUCGAGAGGUUUCGACUGCCAGCAAAUGUGCCACUGCCCCUGCGCCCCGUCGAGACUCCGUCAAAUGCGCCGGCAAAGUUCAUGAAAGCGAGGCGUGUGCCGGACCCUGCGCCCUCAAUGGCCAAUCGCCAGGCCCCCUUGCCAGGCAGUCUGCCGGUACAACAAUCUCCCUUCGACGGCCCGAAUAUCUACGCUAGAUGCCUGUACGCCCUUCGGUCCGGAAUACCAGAGGAACAGUCGUUUGCGCUGCACCACCUCUUGAAGAUAUCGUAUGAGAGAGGUGACCGCUACAAGUUCGAUGCCUUUCCGGGGCUGGCAGAAGGCCUAGUGGAAAUGGCGCUCAAGGUCGGCAGUCUCUUCUGGGAUGUCAACUUCACGAUAUCCUACGACCCGGAGGCCGACGGCGACGACAUCGGGGAGUUGGAUGGUGUCAAUGGCACAGCGGAUAUCAUCGAGCGUAUCGGCCAGCUGAAACCUCGCUCUGGACAGGAACAUCUACAGCCCGCCUAUUUCGCCGACCAGAUAGUGUUGAUCACGGAGGCCUCUCUCGCCAUUCGCAAUAUGCUCAUGCUUCGGGAAAACGGCGAGUCGAUGGCCGACUUCCCAAUACUUCGGGACCUCUUGUGCAUCAUUCUUCACCUGCCCUCUGGCGACAACACUGUGGAACUAAAGCAUUGUGCUCUGGACAUUGCGGAACAGCUCACCCCUGAGCUUAAUCUCGGUGCCGACGACCCUCUCUACCGCUCACUCCUCGCUCAGCUGAUGUCGACCGACCGUGGCCAGAUCCUGACAUCUCUGCGGGCUCUUGGCCGCAUAUCAAUGAACCUGGCAGAAGCCAACAAGCUCGGCGACGUUCCCCUGCAUAUCCUCGAGAACAUCAUCGACUGGCUCAUGUUGAACGAUGACGAGCUGUUGGAUGCCUGUCUUGACUUCCUGUAUCAAUAUACGGCUGUGGUGUCCAACAUCGAGACUCUGCUUAGGUUCAGAGCGACAAAGCCAGACAAGCCUGAAAGCCUGGUCAAACAUCUGGUCCGUCUUCUCUCGCAUGGGGCCAAGCGUGUCGUCAAGGACCAGAUAAUCAAGCCCGAGGUACGCAUACCGUACAGCGAGGAGGUCGCACCGUUACCGCAAGAUCUUCAGGAACGCCUGCUGUCCAUGGAGGAACCUGAGCGUUGCUACAUGUGGCUUCGGUGUCUCUUCGAAGAAGACACUGAUGCCAGCAUCACGCAAAUUGCCAUUUGGACCGCCUACCAAUCGUCAUUUAGUAGUCGAUUGGUUAACAUCGGCAAGACCAUGAUCUCACCAGCGGAUUUCAUUAGGAACGUGAACCAUGUGUGGACCACCGCCGGCGCGCAAAUCAUCAAGGCGCCCAAUGGAACGAACCAGAAGUUCAUAAUCAAGGGAAUCCGAGCUCGCACCAGGCCCGUAGACCCCGAUGAUGACGGCAGGGAGUAUUUCCGUUGUCUCUGGACCCUGCCGAUGAAUCCGGGCCAGAAGUUCCAGAAGUGCAACAACUUCUUCGCCAACGCAGAGAAGAUGUACGAGCACAUCCUGCUGGCACACGUCCAUGAGAAGCCCGACAAGGAUGGCAAGUACCUCAAUAAGGAAGGGGAUUACCGCUGUCUUUGGGCGGGCUGUCACAAGCUCACCGGCGAUGGCAAGGCACCCCUCGGGACAUUCAUGUCGCACGUCAAGACCCACCUGAUGGCCGUCCAGCAGAACUUCGAGCCCCAGGCCACCCCGGCCCAGAGCAACGUCGCCUCAGACGGCGCGUCCUCCAACGGCAGCGGGCCAAGCCCAACCGCCAACCCCAACAAGAGGGUCAAGCGCGCGCACUUCGUCCCCGCCAAGUCCCUCACCCUGACGUUCGAGGAGACCAUGACGGCGCGCGACGAGCGCAACCCCAACGGCCCGCUGCAGCCCGCCGGCACGCCCUUCAGCGCGGUGCUCGUGCUGCGCAACAUCGCGCGCAACGUGGUCAAGACGGAGGCGCAGGAGCAGCUCCUGGAGGAGCAGGAGCGCCAGGGCGUCCCCGAGGGCGCGCGGGGCUGGAACGAGCGGCUGUUCCGCGUCGUGCUGCCCCGGCUGCACGAGAUCAUGACCGAGAACCGCGUGCUGGCCCAGCCCGUCUCGACGCUGCUGGAGCUGAUCGACGACCGGGGCUAGCGGGCCCGCGGAGGCGGGCCCCUGUCACCGCCGCCGGGGCAGGACCGCCCGGCCGGUGCGACGGCUCCGGCGCCGCGGUCCCGGCGGCCGUCCAUGCUGCCCCGUUUGGGAGCGAUCGCCCCCGUGAAGCUCCCUCAGAAUGUUCGUGGUGGUGUUCAUAAGCGGGAUCCUUUUGACACGCGGCUUCUUGCGUGGGAGCAGAUGCUUUUUGCGAAGAACUUGCGGGGCUGGGAGCGGUAGGUGAUACAUAGGUUUGAAAUGUAUGGGGAUUAGAAACGAAACCACUUGGAGUGGGCGGUAGCUUGACAUAUUUUCUCUGAAGCUGCAGGUUUGAGAGCCUUGACGGGCUUGGGUUUUUUGGUGCCAGAAUUUUGUUGUUGAGCUUUUUUCUCCACGACCAUGGCGUUGUUGAUGAUAGGUGGCGCAGGAAAAGUCUUGUCAUGAGGGACUGGGUGCACAUGAGAGAAAAAUUGUGGAAUUGUUUUAUGUGCGGAUUAGACAGCCCAUUAUUGCUACACUAAUUCUCUUGUCUUUCAUGA